UUAUUUUUGUUGUAUUGUUUAGGAUAACCGGCAUUCCAUAGUAACCGUAGUGUUGCUUGUUAGCUAGCAUAUUGGUGUUAGCCUAAGUAGCUAACGUUAGCUCGUCUGACGUGUACUUUUUUUUCCGAGUCCGACAGAAAACGCCGUACCAUCGGACCUUUAACAAGGACGUUAUUUUGCUGUUUAGAGUUGUACAAAAACGGGCACAUCCUGAAUGCUUUCGAGUUCAACAAAACCUGGGACAAUGGGGCAGUCCUCCUUCAAAUACGGGAUGCUUUUAAGGGGAAAAUUCCCGACGAUGUGAGGUAGAGCUAGCAUUAACAUGAUAGAAUAGACAGUCAGACUCCAUGGCACUAUAUUAGGAGUCCUUUACUUAACUAACUUUUCAAGGAGGACAAUGCCCCUUCGGUUAUCAUAUCACAGUAAAUGUACAAGUGCAUCCUAUAUAGUAAAGUGAAUUGGACAUUUAACGUCACGGUUUCCGGACCUGGCAGGUUUUUAGCUAACAAUCCGGAAAAAAUAAUGUUCCAAAUAAUCGUAAAAUGUUUUCAGGUGUUUAACUGUGUUAAAGUAGGCGUUGGCUCCUUACCGUUCGAGCCAAAUACUGUUUUAAUUGUGAAAGUAACACUUUUCGAAACCAGAGUUAGUAAAAGGACGCUAACGCUGGUUAACUAGCCGUGCGCUGCUGUAGGCAUGACCCGGACGGACGUCCAUCUUCAUUGUAAACGUUUGUUUUUCGCGGAGAUUAAACAUUGGUGAAAGGGUUGCUAAAAGGACUAUCGAUGCUGACAACAUAUGCGGGAACCCAAUUUUGGCCUUUCACAAUAAGAUAUCCCGUGUCAACGCCGCCAAAUAGCCCAAUAAAAUCUCUUUGAUCAUUGCCCCAGCUUUGCCCAACUCUCGCCCCAGUGAGUCUUACUACUUUCUAUCAUCAAAGUAACUUUCCUGCAGUAGUUAGACAUGUAAAUGAUUUGUUGACAUGUAUGGGGGGGAAAAAGACCGGAAACAGCGCCAAAUUACGAGCGUCCAGGUCAGGGAUGUACGAGCUUUCGCCGUCCGCGAUGGGAUACAGUGACGUUAAUUUUCUUCCACCAACAUCACUUAAACAAAAAAAGAUUUUAUGGAUCUUUCAUUCAUUCCAGAAGUGUGUCUUUAACAGUAAUGUACCCCAUUGAUUUGUGUACAGCUGUGAACUACUGAUGGCUUGUGGCAACAAGUUGAUCACACCAGGGUUGAGGGAAGGCCAGCAACUUGACGCCAGUAUAAUCCAAAAAGUAUUUAGGUAUAAGGCUCUAUAUGUAAGACCCUCCAGACCUCUUGAGCCUGACAAUUUGGAUGAAAGUUCCUCCUCCAAGGAGUGCGUCGAAAUGGUGCCGUCAGUCACCACCGCAGGAAGCUGACAACAUGACCCUGUCGGAGACCACCCAGACCGCCCCUCCAUGUCAGCUACCAGCAGCCUUGCACCUGCGAGCACCGCCCCCUGCAGCCUGGUACCGCCGACAACCGUGGACAGCACCCUUGAUGCAAACAGCACCCCACCACUGACCAACAACCUAUGGCCAGAAAGUACAGAUUACAGAGCAUACCUUUCUGUGAUAAAUCUUUCAUCAGAUGAGGAAGAAUCUGAGGAUUUGUAUGCUGCCUUGUCGGCCAGCAUGGAAGACCAGAUAAAGGAAAGUUCAUCUGCAAGUGUCCCUAUUCAAGAGAUCUUAUCUGAGCUUGGUGAAAAGAUCAACAAUAACCAAGUCAACCGGUUCAACAUAAACCGUGCAGCUGUGCUAGAUGGUGCCAUUCGGGGCUUCAAAAGAAUCUCUUAUGACCCGACUCACAGGAUUAGUGUGAGAUUUUCUGAUGACAAAGGAAAAACUGAAGAAGCUGUGGAUCUUGGGGGUCCGAGAAGAGAAUUUCUUCGACUGCUUACAGAAGCUCUUGCACAGUACGAAAUGUUUGAGGGAACAGAAGGUAACCUCAACUUGGCUCUUGAUGCAACAGCUGUCAGAGAGGACCGUUACUUUAUCACAGGAAGGGCUAUUGCAGUCAGUCUGGUACAUGGCGGGCCUUCACCAAAUUUCUUGUCCAAAACACUGUUUGACUGCAUAGUUCAAGGGCCAGAGAAAUCUAGACCGCGUCUGGAGGACAUCGCCGAUGUUGAAAUCCGUGAAAAAAUACAAAAGGUUUCAGAAUCGACAACUCUGGAGCAACUCAUCCAGUCAACUCAGCCUCUCCUUGAUUACCUUGCCAAUGCAGGCUGUCUGAAGCCACUGAAAACUGUUGACGACAGGGAUAGACUUGUAGAAGAUGUCUUGAUGUUUCAGGUGAUUAAUCGAGUCCGUGGACCAUUUGAAAGGUUUAGAGAUGGAUUGAAAACGCUUGGAGUCCUGGAGCAGAUCCAGAUGCAUCCAGAAUCUUUCAGUCCAGUGAUGUGCUACAAUCCAAAGCCGCUAACUGCUGACCAGGUUGAUGAGCUGUUCCACAUCCGAUGGUCAGAGGAGGGGACCAACCAGAAAAGAGAGGAGGAAACCGUAGUUGCAUUCUGGAGGGACUAUUUACAAGAUGUUGAAGAAGAAGAUGGAGCAGAGAAGUUGGGGGACAUCCUAGCAUUUGCAACUGGAUCUGAUGCAGUACCACCAAUCGGCUUUUCUCCUCAGCCAUCUCUUGAGUUUAUUCACCCGAGUGGUAGAGCACAAAAGUUCCCUGUUGCCAACACCUGCAUCAGCUGUCUUCGACUGCCCAUCUAUAGCACGUACAGUUGUUUUAAGAGCAACAUGGACUUUGCAAUAAGAAACACACAGGGCUUUGGCAUGCCAUAGAUGAUGAAUGUACAUUUUAAUGUUUGUUUGUACAGCAUCACAGUUAUGUCGGUAUCGACUCCAAUUUUGUGUAAAUGUUGGAAAUGCAAGUUAUUUUAUUCACACUAGAAACACGUUUUAUUGUUUUAUUAACGUUAGCGGAUACAUGUCCUAGUGAGGGUUUACAUUUGCCCUGUUUGUUUUUUGCAUUACUGUUCUUAAGAGUAUCACAUGGCACGGUCUAGAUUUCAUAGCAGACCUCGACACGUCUAAACACUGCAACCGUGAAUGAACGGGACAAGCCUGUCAGCAGCCCCCAAAGUUUAAUUUUUGUAUUGUCAAGUUUAAUUCAAGGUUGCUUGUUGGAUAAGCCGGGGAGGUAUUUUGCAAAGCUGACUAAGCUUGACUUCUGCAAUGAGAAGCCUGGAAAAUAUAAAUCGCUUCCUGGGUUUUACUUUUGUGAUGCCCCACACGUAUGAGUAGGGUCUACCUAACUGUCGCCCUAAAGGUGAGCCUGGGUGGGGCCUCAUCUUGAUGGCUAAUGGAGAGCACCUGGCCCCGGUGUCUCCUAAGCUAUAUAUGCCAUGCCCCUGCCAGUUGAAGGAGGCCAGAGAGAGCCAGAGAAAAGAUCCAGAGGGGGAUCCAGAGGAGACAGACCUGGCCUUCGCUCCCCGCUGCAGUCUCCAUACAUUACUGUUAUGUUUUGAGUUAUUCUUUUCAUUCACACACGCACCACACCAUGUUUCACACAUCCACGCUUACACCACUGAAUUACUGACUUCCCACCUCAUAGGAUCGUUAUGGUUUGUGGAUAUGGGUUAUAAUUUAAGUUCUCCGGUUAGGGUUAUACUUUAAUAAACAUAUUCUUACUCUCGUACACCGUCUUCUGCUCCUGAUGUUUGUCAUAGCUUGAGCCAGCUAUGACACUUUGCACUUAAAUCAGACCAAAAAAUAGAUGAUCAGCUAAUGUCCAGAAAUGGAAAAAGAAACUGCUUUUGAUUUUCAGUGUUCUUUUAUACAGGUACAUUUACACAUCAAUAAAAGCUGGUUUUCAAAUAAUAGCUCAAUCUCUUUAUUCACAUCCAAUGUCACCUACUUGACAUUCACACUAGAACAUAAUAAAAAUACCACAGUAAUCAAAUAGUACCAGCAACAUAUCUUUCAUCUAUCUUAACAGUAGCUAUUCACUAUGAUAUACGUAUCUUAUAUUAUGUAUAGAUCAAGAUGUAGAUGUUUUUGAUCCACAAAGGAUAAAGCCCCAAGUUCCAUUUUAGAUGUCAUCUUUCUGUUUCUGCGAUGCAAUGAUAGCUUUGGCGCUUCACCGCAGCCAGGCAUCACCCAGUUGGGUGCUACACAUUGGUACUGGACAAUUUACAGACUAUUCAUGCUUGUCACCACCACCAACCAUUAUUACUUUUAUUUGUUCUUAUUCUAUUAACAAUUGUGUAUUUAAUGCUGCGUAAAGUGCUAUAUAUAUAUUUAUAAUUAUUCAAAUCUGAGAUUCACUUAGUCUACUGGGAUGUCUUGCUUGUAAAAAAUGUAAAAGAGACAGAAAUAAUUGAAUUCCAUAAUUUCCAUCAUUCAUUAAUGGGUCAAUUAAUUGUUGAAUUUCUUGCAUGGUGCUAUUGCUUACAUUAAUACUGUUUUCAGGAACCUCAAUAUUAUUCCUGCUAUCUACUACAGGUAGUGCGUCUCUAUUACUAGUUUCUAAAUAUUCAUGUACACAAAUAUUCAAUAUGACUGACAACACCUCUAUGCCACAAUUGCAAUGGGGUUUGGCUUCCUUGGGUAGAGAGUCCAUGGUUAUUCCAUUGGCUCCUGAAUUCUCUGACUGCCCUUUGAACCCGAGGUAAAUAAAUGUAAUGCAAACAAAAUAAAUUAAGAUCACAAAGA